CCCUCUAUUUCGCUUGCCCCGGUUUAAGCUCCUCUCCCAAGCGAAGUCGCCGGCGAUUUGGCCCACGGCGAACCCAUUCCGGCGGGAGAUCUACAGGCACCAUGUCUGACGCUGGUAGUUGUGAUGGGACCACAGCCUCUGGGGAUGCAGUUGAUGACAACACCAAUAGGCAGCCAUUGCAAGCCAAUGAUGAACAGGCACCUCCUGCUCCAACUUCACGAAUAUCAGUCAGAAAAGCAGUAGAAGUGAUCCAGACAUUUGACGAUUACAAGAGGUGGCUCAUUACUGAAAUUGGGUUUGGUGGAAUGCUAAAGCUACCUUUGCUGCAGAAGCUCAACCUUAAGUUCAGUGCCUGGACUAUGAGCAAGGUCUGCGUCGAGCGCCGAGCAAUUGUUCUGUCAGAACCAAGGUACUAAAGUUUUUUGCGGAAGACAUCCACAAGGUUUUUGGCAUUCCGUGUGGUCACCAAAGUGUUAAAGGGCGCGAUGGCUUCAUCAAGCCAGAAGCGGUAACAUUCAUAAAGAGGACGCUAGGGAUGGACAGGACGGGAGUGCAUAGCCUGCGUGCGGCUGAGGAAUUCCUUCUCUGUGACAUUUCUGAGGCUUCCAGCAAGAUGGAGAAGGAUUGCUUCCAGAUUGCAUUCGUCAUAUUUGUUAUGGGGCAUGUUCUGGCACCUACAACAAAACAUGAUUAUGGCACCAUAGACUACUGGGGUGCGCUGGCAAAUACGGAGAACAUAUCACAAUUCAACUGGUGUGAGUUUGUACUUGACUUUUUGCUAGAGGUAGUCCGGCGGCUUAAGAACGAUAUGAUGGCCAACAAUUUGAACACCAAUCUUGUUGGUUGCCACUUGUUUUUACAGAUAUUCUUCCUCGACAAUGUUGACCUUGGAAUUUUCAAUAAGAACCAUAAUGUCCUUCCUCGCAUUAGUGACUUCGACCAAAGCAGCAUGAAGAACAUGAUAACAAUGGCGACUGACAUUGGGAAGGGCCCCACAUCAUACUCGAAAUGCAUGGUAAUCUUACUGUUGUUAGGUGACAGUGAUGAUUGAUUCUCCCUCAUCAUAACAAAUGUUUUUCAUAUGUAUCCAUGG